AUGCAUUCCGGAGCUGCAGUCGCCUUCAUUUUGUCAGCACUGAUCGCUGCCCUAAUCCUGCCCAGGCCAACUGCAGCCACUCCCCUGGACGAUGACACCGUGGACAGACCAAACACCGAUUAUCCAGCCUUGUUUCGAGCCUUUUUGGACAUGGGAAACGCCCUCUUUGGCACCUGGACGCCCGAUGGGGCGAUAGAGGAGUUUAUACGCAAACAGGAAGCUCAAGGGCUUAGCCAUUAG